ACACACACUUGCAUUAUGAACAACUCAGCUGAGCUGUCUUCUUCAGAGAAAAUGGCCCCUGAGGAGUUUGAAGGUGGGACAGCAGUGGCUUGUGUGAUCCUGGGUCUGUCCUUCCUGAUAGGAGCUCCGGGGAACCUUCUGGUUAUCUGGACCAUCCUGAGACACGUCAAGCAUCGUUCCCACACUUUGGUGCUCAUCCUGCACCUGGCUGCUGCGGACCUGCUGGUCCUCAUCACCCUGCCUCUGUGGAUCUACUCCCUGGCCCACUCCUGGGUGUUUGGAGAGGCCUCCUGCAAAGCCAUGGUGUACACAAUCAAAGCCUGUAUGUACAGCAGUGUUUUCCUCAUCACCCUCAUGAGCGUGGAACGUUUUGUGUCUGUGCGCUAUCCUUUUGCCUCAGCUAAGUGGAAGAGGCAAAAAGCUCUGAAUAAAGUACUGCUGACUCUGUGGACUGCAGCAUUCUUGUUCAGCAUACCUAUCAUUCCAACUCAGGUUGUAGGAAAUGAAUCUGGUGAGGAUCACUGUCUGUACCAACAGUACACUUCUGACACCCAGGAGCUGGUGUUUGUUCUGCUAGAGACACUGGUUGGCUACAUAUUACCCUUCUCCGUCCUGGUGGUCUGCUAUGGCUGCCUGUUUAGCCGGAUUACUCAGAUGACCUUCAAGUCCAAGCGCAAAUCUACUGUUCUUAUCACCAGUGUAGUGGUUGUGUUUGCCAUUUGUUGGACACCUCAUCACAUAGGAAAUGUCCUCUCACUCAUCAUCCUGGCCAUUCAGGGCUUGUUCUCUAAAGAAGCGAGGAGUCUGGAGAGUGUCAGGAAUACGAUGAGCAUCAUUGCUGGAGCCAUGGUGUUCAUCAGCAGCACUGUUAACCCUAUCCUCUACAUGUUUGCAGCUCGGUCCUUCAGGAGCUCCCCGCGUGACACCGGCAUCCAGAAGCUCUUCCGCCACAUCUCCAGCACCUCACCGGGCGAGGGCAAUAGAGAGAUGUCCUUUGUGUCCAAGAGACAAAGCAAACAGACCACCAGCUCUCAGUGUGUGUCGGAGUCAAAAGACCAAAUGGACAUAUUAAUAAAAAUGUGUGAAAAUAAUCCAUCCUGAUAUUGAAAAUUGAUGGGAUAGUGUCUGUGCUGUGUGUGCGUAUACUGUAUGUAUUUUGUAAUGAAGGAAAUUUUGCCUGAAAUGAAGCUCAUUUUUAUGAAAUUACAACACAGAUUAACAGGAUGUCAGUUUAUCUGUGCAAUAUUUGUCCAACUCUGUAAAUUACCCAUUUUAUAUGUUUGUUUGUUUUUCAAUUGUGAACCUAUAUUUAUAAAUAUGUUAUAUAUUAUGUAUGUACUUAGAUUUAUGCCUUUUAUUAUUAAAAUAGCACAAUAAGUAAUUAUAUACGCAUUACACAUCUUAAUGUAAGUUUUUGUAAAAAUAUAGUAUUUUUUUAUUAUUUUGUUGAUGCCAGCAAAGAAAAAUUGUAUUGAUUGUGUUAUUAAUUCUGUUUAAGCCUUUUGUAAUUGCCUGUAAGCGUGGGGAAAUGAUUAGGCAAAGCACAGUAAGUUUUCUGCUGGUAAUCCUGUGGUUGCAUCUGCCACUUAUCUCUGCUUUUGAUAUUUCACUCUCUCACAGCAGCUAUCUUGUUGAAGACAAGGCUUUAAGACAUUUUCAAUCUUGCUGUCUCUCUUUCUUGAGGAGCUGUAACAUCUCUGAUACUGUCGGAUUAUGUGAUUGUGAAGUCAUGUAACAAAUAUUUUGUUUAAUUUACCCGUAAUGCCCUGUUUUAAUCUCUUAUGGAAUCCAAAAACUACUACUAUUUUAAAAAUGCUUUUUACUGGUGACAAGUUAGGUAACGAUUGUCCUGGUAUCGCGCUACAGACAACAGUCAUGCUUUCAACUUCCUCUCAAUGAAAAGAUUGCAAAAUGAAAAACUGCAUGUUCCCUUUGGUGGGCAGCAAAAAGAGGAAUCAUGUCUUAAUUUUUUUUCACAGUCAAACCUACAUUUUGUGGUAAGACAGUUCAGUAUCAGCUUAUUUACUGACAUUUUUUUCUCCCACAUACGUCAAUUAAAUAUCUAUAAUAUACCAUUAUCAUUGAAUACUGAGUUUGUCUGUUGAUAUAACAACACACAAAAAAGCUCCUGUU